UCACUUUAUCAUAUCAUAUCAUCUUCAAUCUCAUGGCUGCAACUUCUCUUCUAUCUUUAUCCCUUCCUAAACCAACCAUACUCAUUCCAAAAGCAACGGCUUCCAUUACAACUCCUCCGGUUACCGUAACCGAGACGCUUGAUCAGAGAUUCGGUCGAAAGGGUAUCCGGUUCACUGAGAAUGAUCAGGUUGCUGAGCUUACGGUCCGAAAUGGUAGUUCUUUGAAAGUUGGAUUGAACAAUGCUCAUGUCACUUCGUAUAAACCGAAAGUUUACUGGAAAGACGACGGGUUUGAAGAGAUUUUGUACACAACUUCGGGUGGUAAAGGAGGGAUUGGUUUGGUGAUUGAUAGUGUUUCGGAUGAUUCGAAAGCGAAAGGUGUUGAUUUGUCACAAUGGGUUGUUAAGGAUGCUGAUUCUGAUUCCAUUGAUGCUGUUCAGGUAGAAUUGAGUUGCACCACCAGUGGAACCCUUGACAUAACCUAUGUGAUCUCACUCUAUGCUCUAAGCAUGGCAACCGCGGUUAUAGUUAAAAACAAAGGUCGAAAACCUGUUAAUCUAAAAACCGCGAUACUUAGCCAUCUCAAGUUCAAGAACAGAGGAGGAACCGCGGUUGAUGGGCUCAAAGGUUGCUCAUAUUGCACCCACCCUCCUCUAUCUUCUCCUUUUGAGAUUCUAUCCCCAUCCGAAGCGUUAAAACCAGAAGAUCCAGGCUUGUUUUCCUUCGGAUGGGAACCUGAGAAGAAAGGAGGAGUUUGGAGUGUACAAGAUGUACCCAUCACCAUUUUGAAGCACAAACUUAGCAGAGUUUAUGGUACCCCUCUUGAGGAGAGAUUAAAAGAGUUUUAUAACACUAUUCCAUCAAAGUAUGAGACCCUUGAUCAGGGACGAGAUUUGUUUUUUCGGGUAAUAAGAAUGGGGUUUGAAGAUAUAUACUUGUCGAGUCCUGGAUCGUUGUCGGAAAAAUAUGGACAGGGCUACUUUAUAUGUACAGGUCCGGCGUCGAUAUUGGCUCCGAUCACGAUUGAACCCGGUGAGGAGUGGAGAGGGGCACAAGUCAUCGAACAUGAUAAUUUGUAAAUAAUUAUGACAAUAUUUAUUUUUUAAAUGUCACAAACUUGUCAUAAUUCAUUCCGUUUAUGACUUUAUGUACAUGCGCCAAGGGUAAUUAGUAAAUCCCAUA